AUGGCUGCCAAACCCGACAUUCUUGUGUCUAUUGACCUCGGCACCACUUACACUGGGGUUGCCUGGAUGACACCCAGGACACCCAUCCAAGUCAUUAACGACUGGCCAGGGAGCGGUGAUCGGGGAGAAAGAAAAGUCCCGACAACCAUCAUCUACAAUGCUGAUGGCAGUAUCUCUUCGUGGGGUUUCAUGUGCGCAGACGAUGACGAAAAUGUUCCCGGCAAGACUCGGCGGGAGUUCUUCAAGAUCUUUCUCGACGAUGAUACGUUGGCGGCAGCGCAGAAACAAGGCCUGGAACAUGUUCCACGCAGCACUUCUGACGCGCAAAGAUACAUUACGGACUACUUAAAACAAGUAUAUGGACACAUCAAAGAGAGCAUAGAAACUCAGUGCGGUCGACGUCAUUUUGGUGGUUGGGCAAAAUUCAGGCAAGAGAUCACCUCCUUGUUUGAGGUUCAAAUCGAAGGCAUAAUGAGGAGAAUCAAGGAGCAGUUGGAUUGGUUGGGCGUAAAUGACCGGCCUCAGCAAGUCGAUCAUAUGAUUCUGUCCGGUGGCCUCGGGAGUUCGGCAUAUGUUCGAGAUAGGCUCCAGCAACAGUUCACCAGCUACCCACAUCCGAAUGCGAGCCAGAUCGCAGUCAUCCCUUGCCAGGACCCACAACUCGUUGUCGUGCGCGGCCUACUCCUUGAUCACCAGCAGAAGAUGAUAUCUGGUAAUCUGGCGGUGUUGGCGACUCGAAUAGCGCGAGCUAGCUACGGGAUCAUUGUUCGAGAGAUCUACUCGCCAGCCAAGCACUUUAACGAGGAUAUUGUUGACGACCAGUUUGAACACAAGCAAAAGUGGGCAAUCAACCAAAUAGAGUGGCUCAUUCGAAAGGGGGAUGUCAUCAAUCCAGCGAAGCCGUUAGUGAAAUCAUUUGAUAUUCGUCUCAAAGCAGCCGAGACAACCAGGUCAUGGGACGCUAAGAUCGUGACCUCCCACAAUGAAGUAUCCUUUUUGCCGAGCAGUAUGAAGCAUGCUGGAGCAUUCAAGCUUUGCGAAGUUAAGAGCAACCUCACGGGCGUGCAGCAGGAGCAACUCAUACUCAAAGAGAAGCGAGGCACGUGUUUCUCCCGAGGCUUCAAGUUCUAUAUAUGCCAAUUCGAUAUACGAGUCAUUGUUGCGCCUGCGGAUUUGCGAUUCGAGCUUUGGUUCGCAGGUCAGAAGUUCUCGGGAAACCACGAACCAAUAGCUGUGACGUGGGAGGACGAGGGUACUAGCACGACUAGUGAAAAAUGA